AUGUAAAAUAAGAAAUACAAAAAGUAGGAACAAAACAGUUAAUUAUAUUUUGCGAAAAAAACGCACUUACAAUUUCUCUCUCUACUUGGUAUUUUUUUGUAUAUAUUGAAUGUGUACCUGUUGAUUGAUUAUUUAAUACGUAAAUCAAAAUGCUUAAUUUAAAUUGUGUUAUUUGUGCUGAACUCUUUGCGGCCUCAGAUGAUGUGCGCGCAACCAAUUGUGGUCAUAUGUUUCACAUAUCAUGUCUAAAACAAUGGAUGGAGCGCUCGAAAUCAUGCCCCCAAUGUCGCACCAAGUGUACGGACCGUAAUAUAUUUCGCCUUUAUUUCAACUUGGCCAAUUUGGAUACGAGUACAAUCGACGUAGGCUCGCUGCAGGAGCAAGUGGAUAAUGCUAGUCUGCAAUUGAAAAUGAAAGAACAAGAGUUAAAUAAAGCAGAGCUGCAGAUAAGGGAGCUCAAAGAACGACAAGUUAAGGCAGCGAAAACAAUACAAGCAAUGGAGCAAAAAUUACAGAAAAACGAUUUCAUUAUUCUUUCCUAUUCGGAACAACUAAAAAUCCUUAAGACUGAAGCGAAAAUGUCAGAUGACUUACGCAAAGAAGUGGAACGUUUAAAACAACAAAUUAAAACGAUAGAAUCGGUGCAAUCGAUUCUUGCCUCAACAAGUGCAGAAGCUGAAAAGAUGCUCAAAAUAGAAAAGGAUCCUGUCCGAUUAAGCGCAUGGGUGGCGGCUCUUAAGCGUGAACUGCGGGCAUGUGAAACCAAAAAGACGGAUUUGCGUAGAGCAAUGAAAGUAAUGCAGGACAACCUACGUCAAGAAAUGGCUAAUAAAAAAUCUUGUGAGGAACGCAUUUCGCAGUUGGAGAGCGAAAACUACCAAUUACAAGAAAAACUUAAAACUCAAGAAGCUAAAGCGCCCAUAAGCUUCAUAAGCGAACAUCGUAGAAAAAGCACGGAUUUAGCACCAAUUGCUUUGUCGGAAAAACGCCAAACAUUAUCGCCUACAAUUAAGGAAAACAUUAAGAAAAUAGAAGACUCCAACUCUCCCUAUCUCAAUAUUAAGUCCAGCAGCAUAGGCUUGAUGCCAUUAUUUAAACGCAAUACCGACAAUCUGCCAGAUCGUACAGGUGUCACCACAACAAAAUUGGCUACCUUGAAAAUUUCGCCCAAAAAGACUGAAAAAUCAAUUACCGCUCAAAGCAAUGGCAGCAGCUUAGGCAUGUUACGUAAGACUCAAAGUGAUAUCACGGAAAAGUAUUCCAUAAUGAAAAAACCACGCUUAGCAAUUAGCUCCACCUCAGCAACAGGCAAACAUUUCGGCAUAAACUUUGAACAAAGCAGUAGGCGCUCCAUAUCGCCCUCGAAGCCAAAAGCAAUUGGUAGUACUUUAGAUAGCCGCCUGAAAGCAGGUGGAUUGCGUAAUUUUAAGUUAAACAAAUGAAGUCAACUGGCUAGCCCGCAGUUGAGCCUCGUUGGUCCUCACCUAGCAUGUAUUUAAAGUAGCUAUAUUUUAAGUAAUGUUUAUAUUUUUGUAUGCAAUGAUGAUAGAUUAAUAUAACAAAGCUAUAAUUAAAAUGCUUAGUUUCUUCUUUUUCCCCUUUUUCUUGGUGGAAACUAUUGAACAAAGCCUCACAUUUCAAGCGCUUUCUCGUGAACAUUACUAAACGUCGAUUUUGAAAUAAAUUAAUUGCGUUAUUAAAUG